AUGGCAGGUCUAUAUAAUGGUCACCUCCUCGAGUUCCCUCGCAUAAGGGUGGACUCCUUCACCCCACAUCCCCCACCUCAUCGAUCGCCUUGGAUGCUUGCAGACCCACGAGGUCCUGAAAAUCCCAGCACUCGAGCUCCUAAUGCUCAAUACUACCUCCUAACUCACGCUCAUUCAGACCACCUCAUUGGCCUCACCAAUGACUUUACGGGCAAUAUUAUCUGUUCCCCCGACACCAAGCGCAUGCUUCUCCGUCUUGAAACAGAAAAGGACCGUGACCACCUCCACAAUGGAGUCCGUGAGGUUAAGAGGCGCAAGUACGAGAGUCUGGAAGCCCGCCAUAAAACUAUUGAGACAUUGCAACCAGGAGAAACCAAGGUCGUCUACAUUCCUGAUGCCGUUUCCAUUACCCUCCUCGACGCGAAUCACUGCCCAGGUUCAUCGAUGUUCCUCGUCCAGAACAGCACGAACGCCAUCCUGCAUACUGGUGAUGUGCGAGCGGACAUCACCUUCCGUAAGACAUUGCGCCGCACUCCCCAGCUCCAGGCGUUCUUUUCACCCUCCACGACCCCGUCUUCAUCAAGUACCCUUUCGGCUACCCGCCAUCUCGACCGCAUCUACCUCGACACAAGUACCUUCAUGGGCAGUGGAGACAUGCCCGAGAAGAAGGAGCCCGUUUUGGAAGCUCUCAUGACCCAGAUGAGCAUUUAUCCGGAGGAUACUGUUUUCUUCAUCAACGCCUGGUGCUUCGGAUGGGAGGAUAUUGUCAAGGAAGUCGCUCGCCACUUUAACCAACCGAUUCACGCCGAUCGGUACAAGAGGAGCAUUUACGGUGCUGUUGAGAGCGAUCCGUUCUUGCUUGGCUGUACGACCAACGACCCUACCAUUACUCGCUUCCACGUGUGUGACCGCUACAACCGCUGCCAAAUGGCGAAACAAAAGAAUGUUGUGCAAGUUGUCAUGGCCGAAGUCAAGUCGGCCUCGUGGCAGCUACGGCAUCAGCAGUUCCUCAACACGCUAAACAGCGCAGCACUCGGGGAAACCCCAUGGCCAAUGAUAAUUGAGGUUCCCUUUGCGCGCCACUCGCCUCUUCCGGAACUGCAGAAGCUCGUCAAGAUGUUCAAGCCUGCAGCUCUCUCACCCAACACACUCAUCCCUCACCACAACGGCAUGGACUUUAUGGUCUUCGCCGAUCUCCUCAAACCUGCAAUCAGCAACGACACGUACAUCAAGAUGAUCGCGGAGCGCGAUCAGUACUUCACAGCUUCGGCUCGCUUCGGUAGCGCGUGGCUUUCCUCCGCUCGAGCCGUCCUGUCGCAACUCUCCACUCUCCUCAAGACUGGUUCCCCCGACGUCAUGGCUCUUCCUCCGUAUCUUACGGAAGGCAUCGGGGAUCAACCGAGCGACAACCGCAACGUGUCAGGGCUGGAUCAGUUGCUGCGGGUUUCUGGGUCACGCAUGGAAGGAACCCAGGCUGCCCUCCCCUUCACCUUUCACGCUCCUCUCCCACUUAUCAAAGCUGUUCGUCAAGAUGCCGUCAAACAACCCACGAAGUUCAAGUCCGUCUCAGCAUUCGAGCACAUCCCCACCACCACCAAAAUCGUAGAGUCUAUGAUCCCCGGAUCCCCGGACGCUGCCUCCUUGACCUUGACACAGACACCGCACGAAACUAGCAAGCUGUCGCAGUCUGUCAAGUGGGAGCCGUUGCACACAACAACGCCAGGGCCUUCACAGGACCUGCCCAGUCACCGUUCACAGCGACUGAAGCGCGAGCGGCGGCAGACGAGCUACCGUGUGAAUAUUGCCCACCUCAGUGGCCUUGUGGGGUCUCAGUAG